UGCCAUGGGUGUUGUUUGUGUUGCAGAACAAGAUUGUGGACCAGUGUGAGAGACUGCAGUUACAGAGUGCUGGCAUCACCAAGUACAUGGCUGAGGUCCUACCAGGGAAGAACCAGAGAGCAAUGUAGGUGGCAGUAACAUCCCUAUUUACCAGACGGUUAAUGGACUGGACCAAGGUCCCACAUCCUCCUGCCAGAGUCAGUUCUAUGACCUGGAUCUUCUGACUCUGCAGCCAGUGCUCCUGCUGCUGCACCGCACUGCUGGUCCUUGUGACUCGUUGCCACACCUACAUCUCUCAAAGCAUGGCCAGCGCAGCGCGGGAACUGGUCAUCCAGCGGCUGGGUCUGGUGAGGAGUCUGUGUGAGACUGAGGAGCAGCGGUUGCUGGAACGGGUGCAUGGCGAAGAGGAGCGGGCCCACCAGAGCAUCCUGACGCAGCGAGUACACUGGGCCGAGGCUUUGCAGAAGCUCGACUCCAUCCGCACCAGCCUGGUGGACAUGCUCACCCAUACAGAUGACCUCCAGCUGAUUCAGAAGGAGCAGGAGAUUUUUGAGAGGGCCGAGGAAGCAGAGGGCAUUUUGGAUCCCCAGGAGUCGAAAAAGUUAAACUUUAAUGAGACGUGUGCUUGGAGCCCACUUCUGACCCAGCUCUGGGCAACAGCAGCUCUCGGCUCCCUCUCAGGCACAGAGGAUGUGCGCAUCGAUGAGAGGACUGUCAGCCCCUUCCUGCAAUUGUCAGAUGAUGGAAGGACUCUGACCUUCAACGCCAAGAAGCCCAAGGCCUGUGCAGAUGGCCCAGAGCGCUUUGACCACUGGCCCAACGCCCUGGCCGCCACCUCUUUCCAGUCUGGGCUGCACGCGUGGAUGGUAAAUGUGCAGAACAGUUGUGCCUACAAGGUGGGCGUGGCCUUAGGCCAGCUGCCCCGUAAGGGUUCUGGCAGUGACUCUCGUCUGGGCCACAAUGCCUACUCCUGGGUCUUCUCCCGCUACGACCAAGAGUUCUGUUUCUCACACGGCGGGCAGCAUGUGCCCCUGGGGCUGCUGCGCUGCCCAGCACAGCUGGGAGUGCUGCUGGACUUGCAGGCCCAGGAGCUGCUCUUCUACGAUCCAGCCUCGGGCACGGUGCUCCACACCCACCACACGUCCUUCCCUGGGCCCCUCUUCCCAGUCUUUGCUGUGGCUGACCAGACCAUUUCCAUUGUCCACUGACCUUUGGCACUGGGGAGGCUAGAUCUGCCUGCCCACCAUCCUUUUAGGCCACAUUUCUACCCAGUGUCCUUUUCCCAAAUGUUGCCCAUGCCCCCUGGGCAGCUUUAGGAGGGGUAGGAUCCAUUUCAGAUCCGGUAUAACCAUUAAAUGCUGUAUCUGUGGGGAACCUGCCACUCCCUGGGCCUUAGUCUCCCAAAUUCACCCUCUAAGGGCGUCUUGUUCACCACUUUAUCUCUGGAAUCCAGCAUGGUGCCUGGUGAGUGUGUAAUAAAUAUUUGGCAAGUGAA